GACAAUUUGUAAUUAGACAUUAACUUCACUUGUCCGAAAUUUUCUAUAUUUAUGCGGUAAUAUAAUAAAGAGUAUUAAAUAGCCAAAAGAUUAAAAAAUGGAAGGCGACGGAGCUGAAAAUUCCAAAUCUUUUUCGGGUAUACCUGAAGCUGUUUUUGUAGAUAAUGUCGACGAAUUCAUGAAUUUACCGGAAAAUUCGGGCGGUGUUGACAAGGUUUUAAGGCAGUUAGAUGAGCAGCAUGGAAAAUAUAAAUUUAUGGAGUACACAUUAAACACAAAGAGAAGGCGCUUGCGACAACAAAUACCAGACCUUGCAAGAUCAUUGGAUGUGAUUGAGAAAUUAAAGACACAAGAAGAGGACCUUGAUACACAGUUUCUUCUUAGUGACCAAGUGUUUUUAAAGGCAAAUAUUAUGCCCACAAAGACUGUAUACCUGUGGCUGGGAGCUAAUGUGAUGUUAGAAUACUCUUUAGAAGAUGCUGAGAAAUUAUUAACAACAAACAUGGCUACAGCAAAAAAAAAUCUAUCUUGUGUUGAACAUGAUUUAGAUUUUUUGAGAGAUCAAUGGACAACAACAGAAGUAAACAUGGCUCGAGUAUAUAACUGGGAUGUUAAGAAACGUCAAGCAGCUAAAGCCUCUAGUUAAUGUGACUAUCAAUAACAAUCAGUCCAUACUUAUUUAUGUAUCAAACUAAAGUUUGGCCUCAUUCUGCAUUUUAAUUUCUAUUGCCUUAGUUUUUCUUUUAUUUAAUCACUGAUAAAAUAUUCUUUUAUCAUUUAUUAAUAACUAAAAUUUAGGAAUAAUGUACUGCGCUUAUAUUUUCUUAAAAUUAUCAUAAUUUAAAUAAAAAUUAUGUUGAAGUAUUGUUUGUCAGAUCUUAAAUGUAUUAAGAUUAUGGAUUCUAUUUCAUGAAGUUCAUUAGGUAUAUUUGUUGUUGAGCAAGUACAUACAUACAUGUUUUUUAGUAUGAAAAACAUCAGGGCUACACAGUUUUGAUUUGUAUGAUAUUUUUGCCAAGUGCAUUUAAUGAGUAACACCAGCAUGACAACUAAGCAAAAUAAUGGAAAUUGUGUUUGUUACAUUAUCUCAUUUUACCCACAAAUACACUUAACCAUACUACAGCCUGAAUGGACUUUGUGAAAUAGAACAAAAGUAACUUGGAAAUAAUUGUAUGUUAUUGAUACAUUUGAUAUUUUAACAAUAAAAGUUUAUUAUUAUGUAAUAAA